CCAAAGCUAGGUAUAAAAGGUUUUGGUCAAAUUUACAACCCAGCAACAAAACUAGCACUCAGUUUGGAGCAACAUGGCAGGUAAAAACGUCUCUGGAAACUUUUACACCAGUGCGACAACUGAUCAAAGAGAACCAGAGGGAAAAGAAUAUGACAGUGACUACGAUGAUGUUGAGAAUAUCGUAGGCAAAAAACAAGAAAAAUCAAACGCUUUCACAACAAACAUAGAACCCCUGGAAGACAGUGAUUAUGAAGAAGUCGAUGAUAUAGUUGAAAUACAUGAACAGCUAAACACAGAGGACAAAAAUGACAGCAAGAUUCAUGGCCCUCCUGUGAAGUCUGCUUGUGGGACCAGAGCGAUAGUGCUACUCUACAUUCUGCUCAUAAUCAGCUUUGUCAUGUGGGGAGUCCUGCUCUAUGUGGCCAUUGUCAAAUACUCAGAAAUCUCUACGGAAGUCCAGAACCUGACAAUGGAACUGUCUAUGAUAAGAGAAAAUGGCUCAGAAAUGUCUGAGAACAUCCAGCAACAAUCCACAAUAACCAAUGGCAUCUCUUCACAAGUACGGAGUAUGAAAACAGAUAUUUCUCAGUUGAAAACUGAAGGCUCAAAAAUGUCUGAAAACAUCCAGCGACAAUCUACAAUAACCGGUGGCAUCUCUUCACAAGUACGGCGUAUGAAAACAGAUAUUUCUCAGAUGAAAACUGAAGGCUCAAAAAUGUCUGAAAACAUCCAGCGACAAUCUGCAAUAACCGGUGGCAUCUCUUCACAAGUAAGGAGUAUGGAAACGGAUAUUUCUCAGAUGAAAACUGAAGUUGCUGUAUCGAAAUCAUACAUCUGGGAGCAGUUUAUGAAGAAGUACACAUUCUCAACAGAGAAAAAGAAAUGGGGUGAAGCCAGAGACAUCUGUGUGUCUCAAGGAGCCAGUCUUGCAGUGGCCAGCAGUAUUGCAGAACUGGCCUAUUUGAAGGAAAGAAUUGAAGAGUCACACUGGAUUGGACUGAGUGAUUUAGAAACAGAAGGACAAUGGAAGUGGUUAGAUGGAACAGAGGUUGGUAAAAGCUAUUGGAAAUCUGCUCAGCCAGACAACUUCAAUGAGGAAGACUGCGGUGAAAUAUUGCAAACUGGCGAACUGAACGAUUCACAUUGUAAUACUAUGAAACUCUGGAUAUGUGAAAAGUGGUGUAACAAUACCUGUCUGCUUUUUUAUUAAUGCACGUUGCUUCUUGUAUACCUUUGCUUUUUUAUUCAUGCACAUUGCUGCUUGUACACCUGUCUGCUUUUAUAUUCAUGCACAUUGCUGCUUGUACACCUGUCUGCUUUUAUAUUCAUGCACAUUGCUGCUUAUAUACCUGUCUGCUUUUAUAUUCAUGCACAUUGCUGCUUGUAUACCUGUCUGCUUUUAUAUUUAUGCACAUUGCUGCUUGUAUACCUGUCUGCUUUUAUAUUCAUGCACAUUGCUGCUUGUACACCUGUCUGCUUUUAUAUUCAUGCACAUUGCUGCUUGUAUACCUGUCUGCUUUUAUAUUCAUACACAUUGCUUCUUGUACACCUGUCUGCUUUUAUAUUCAUGCACAUUGCUGCUUAUAUACCUGUCUGCUUUUAUAUUCAUGCACAUUGCUGCUUGUAUACCUGUCUGCUUUUAUAUUCAUGCACAUUGCUGCUUGUAUACCUGUCUGCUUUUAUAUUCACGCACAUUGCUGCUUGUAUACCUGUCUGCUUUUAUAUUCAUACACAUUGCUUCUUGUACACCUGUCUGCUUUUAUAUUCAUACACAUUGCUGCUUGUACACCUGUCUGUUUUUUUAUUCAUGCACAUUGCUGCUUGUACACAUGUCUGCUUUUUUAUUCAUGCACUUUGCUGCUUGUACACCUUGUGAAUGUCACAAAAGCUUCAAAAGAUUUUCUUAUCUGUAAUUUAGUCCCACAGCCACAACAAUUCUGAAAACAAUUCUGAUAUCCUUGAAUGCCCACCACCCAGUAGUCUAGACGCCCCACCCCCCGAUGACCAUUAUAAACAAAUCAGUGUAAAGAUAUAAUGUAAAAGGUUGUAAACAAGCCCUUUUUUAUUCAUGCUGCCAAUAAAUUUUGCAAUUAAAAUGGGGAGCCAGAUUUGUGUCUUGUUUAAAUUUCCACUUUUACAAAUUCACAGGACUGAUCCUUUUUUUGGUAUAUAACAUGGCUGGUCCAUGGUUGCACACGGGGGGGGGGCAGGACAGAAGUUCUGCUGGUGUAAAUAGGGGGUGGGUGUAUUUUGUAUUUAAAUUUGGCAGGGAUGGGGUUAAUUCCAUCCCUGCCAAAUACAGGUGGAAUGUGGCUGGGUCUUAUUAAUUGAUCAUCAAUCAAGUCCCAGCCGCAUAGUAUAAAAAGUGAGCUGAAUCCUUUGUUCAGUGAAGGCGAAUGCCCAACCUGAACACAGGGCUUGUGUUGAAAGGGGGAGCUGAAUUGUGUUU